AUGGGGUCUGUACGGGCAGCGCUCGCGAUCGUCUUGCUGUGCAUCGCACAUGUUUUGGCAGCGGCUUCGGCUACCGGUAAUCGCGUAUUGGCGAUUGUAGACAAUGUGUCUGAAUAUAGUGCGUGGACCGCACAUGUACGGCAGCAGGGCUACGACGUUGUGCUGCUGCACGAACACGAGGCGGGGGCACUCGACCUGAACUUGUUUGGCAAGCGCACGUUUGAUCAUAUCGCCAUGCUUGCACCACACACAAAGCAGUCCCAAGGCGCGCUCUCGCCGCAGGCGCUCGUCGCAUUCUUGGAAAACGGCGGAAAUUUGGUGGUUGCAUUGAAUGCGAACCGCACCGAGCAAUGGCGCGACUUUGCGCGCGAGUUUGGCGUCGAGUUUGGCGAGCGCCGCGCGAUGCUUAUCGACCACUUUUCCUACGAUGCGAACCUCGAUUCCGGCGACCAUACCGCCGUGCGUGUGGGCGGCAUCCGCGAGCAUUUUGCCCCGGGCGGCCCCGUGCCGAACCGCGGCGUGUUUGGCUUCGACACGCUCGAGCUGCUCGCCCUGCACCCCAUGGUGUACCGUGGCGUCGCACACCGCGUCGGGCCGAACCCACUCCUCUUUUCCGUCCUCGCGCCGCCCGGAGCGUCGUACGAGGGCGACGUUCCCUCCCUCGAGCGCACUUCGGAAGGAUACAGAGCACAGAAUUUGGACAAGCUGGAGCCGUUGUACGGCGACAAGCAACUGCUCACCGGAUUCGACGCGGCGUCGGACUCUGCGCCCGCCGCGCUCGCCUCCGCGACGCAGCUGCUGGGCAACGCGGCAAGGGUCGUGUUUGUGGGCUCGACCGAGUUGUUCAAAAAUACGCUCUACAGCGACGCGGCCUUGUCCAACCGUGCCGUUCUAAACGACCUCGUGAGCUGGGCGUUCCAAGAGCGUGGUGUUUUGCGUGUACUCGGCACCUCGCACGAGCGCAUCCGCAAAAACGAGCACGACGUCCGGCCCGAGUACGAUGAAGUGCCGGGCAUAAAAGCCCGCGUGUACCGCAUCAAGGACGAGGUGCACUAUACGCUCGACGUUGCAGAGUACGUGCAUGGCGCAUGGGCGCCUACCGUGGACGACCUCGAUCUGCAGCUGUCGGUCACGAUGCUCGAUCCGCACCUCACACUGCCGCUCGUUGCAGAAAAGACGGCGCACUUUACGCGCUACGCUACAAAACUGCGCCUGCCAGACAGGCACGGCGUCUUUACACUGCGUGUGGACUGGAAGCGCCACGGAUGGACUUACAUUCUUGCUGAGGAUACCGUGCCUGUGCGUCCUUUCAACCACGACGAGUAUCCGCGCAUGCUCAGCAGCAGUUGGCCGUACAUUGCAGGCGCCAUGUCUACCAUGCUCGCAUUCACCGUAUUUACAUUCUUGUGGCUUACUAUGCCCAGCCCCAAGUCGAAGCAGGAGUAG